CAAAGACACAAAGGGCCCUAUUUUAACGGUCUGAAACGCAAGUGGGAAAGCGCAAAGCGCAAGUAGCUUUGUGGGCGGUUCUACGGCGCUAUCGCUAUUUUACAGGCGGAUAAAUGACACUUCCGCCGCGGCGCAAGUGUCAAAAGGGUUGGUCUGAAGCAGCCUAAUUACCCGUAGGUGUGGUUUGGGCGUAACGUGCAAUGAACCAAUCAGAGCGUUUUCUCGCAUCCCCUUUAAGAACGAUCGGCGCAUGUUCCAUGGCGGAUUGCUAUUAUGAUGGCGGGUUUGCCAGGCGCACGCAAUGAAAGGUUCACCACAGAAGAUACCGAUGUGCUUGUCAGAGCAGUCAAAGAACGCGAGUUGGCUUUAUAUGGGGAUGGGAGAAACCCACCCAAAAUUGCUUCCGUGAAAGCGGCUUGGGAGGAAAUCGCCGUAAUUGUUUCAGCAGCUGGACAAAAUAGGACAUCUCACCAUUGCCGUAAGCGAUACAACAACGUCAGGAGAAGAGGAAAGGCCAAGCUUGCGGCCAACUUGAAAGCACGUCAAAAGACUGGAGGAGGAUCUGGCAGUUACCAGGACCUCACACCAGCAGAGGAUAUCGCUGCGUCAACACUGACCGCUGAAAGUGUUGAGGGUUUUGGGGGCUUAGAGGUCGGCACCCAACCCGAUGCACCAGCUGUCCAACCCCAAGCUUCUCAGGAAGAAGACCCUGGCCUCGGGACCAGCGCGCACGGGGCAGCUGAGGGAGCCGCGCGGCGCCCUCAAGCAAGACGCCGUGGCAGCAGCAGCAGCAUGAGACCGCAGGACCACCCGUUCCUGCAGCUCCAGCAAACCGGGUUCGACAUGCUGGAGCGGGAGCUGGCCGGGAUGCGGCGAAACACCAACACCCGUCUGGACCGGGUGGCGAUGUUGCUGCGGCCUCUCGGGCGCAUCGCCUCAAGUUUGGACCGGAUUGCGACAGCAAUGGAACGUGCAUGGCCCCCAAACGACCCCUGUUGUGCCCCUUCCUCCCCCUGUUGUGCCCCUUCCUCCCCCUGUUGUGCCCCUUCCUCCCCCCAUUCCAUCUCCGUCCACCCGCUCCUGCAGGAGCACAUCCAGCGUCGCCACUCCCGGACCCUCAUUUGUUGGAUCCCGCCGAGGCAGGCCGCGUAAAAGGCCUUACAGAGGAGGGAGAAAAUAAAUAUUUUUUCCUUCAAAUCUUUGCAACUUUUCAUUUUUCGUUUUGUAUUUUUUUUUUUCAUUUACGCCUAACAUUUGGACAAGCCGAAUAAAAAAUGUCUCAAGGACAUACUAUACUUUC